GCCCCCGCCCCGCUCUGGAUGCCCAUCGCGGCUGCUCGGGCCGGGGGGUGGCUGCGGCUCCCCGGCGCGGGGCGCGGGCCAGGAUGCCGGUGCUGGAGCGCUUUUUCCCCGCGGCAGAGCCGGGCAGGCGGAGGAGGACGGGGGAAGAGCCGAUGCCCUUUCCCAUGGGCAGCCUGCCCGGUUAUCAGCAGGGAACCCUGGCCUGGGAUUUGCCCGAGAUGAUCAAGAUGGUAAAGCUGGUUUGGAAAUCCAAGGGAGAGCUCCGCGGGGCGAAGCACAGAGGGGUUCUGGAGAGCGAGGAUGCCCUGGGCGGUUCGGCAGGAGAUGCACGGGUGAGAGGUCAGACAGGGGUUCUCUCUGAGCGCCGUGGCUCCUACCCAUUUAUAGACUUCCGUCUUCUUAACAAUACUACAGUCUCAGGGGAAAUCGGCACCAAGAAAAAAGUGAAAAGACUGUUAAGUUUCCAGAGGUAUUUCCAUGCAUCCAGGUUACUGCGUGGAAUUGUACCACAAGCCUCUCUGUACCUACUGGAUGAGGACUACCUUGGGCAAGCAAGGCAUAUGCUAUCCAAAGUGGGAAUGUGGGAUUUUGACAUUUUCUUGUUUGACCGCUUGACAAAUGGAAACAGUCUCGUAACACUGCUUUGUCACCUCUUCAAUGUGCAUGGACUUAUUCACCAUUUCCAGUUAGACAUGGUUACAUUACACAGGUUUUUAGUUAUGGUUCAAGAAGAUUACCAUAGCCAAAACCCAUACCACAAUGCUGUCCAUGCUGCUGAUGUCACACAAGCUAUGCACUGCUAUCUGAGAGAGCCCAAGCUUGCCAACUUCCUCACCCCGUCGGACAUCAUGCUGGGACUGCUAGCUGCUGCGGCCCAUGACGUGGAUCACCCAGGGGUCAACCAGCCCUUUUUGAUUAAAACAAAACACCACCUUGCCAGCCUGUACCAGAACGUUUCAGUGCUGGAAAACCAUCACUGGCGAUCUACAAUAGGCAUGCUGCGAGAGUCACGGCUCCUCGCCCAUCUGCCCAAGGAGGUGACACAGGACAUCGAGCAGCAGUUGGGCUCCCUGAUCUUGGCAACAGACAUCAACAGGCAGAAUGAGUUUUUGAUCCGUCUGAAAUCUCACCUUGACAAUCAGGAUUUGAGGCUGGAGGAUGCACAAGACAGACAUUUUAUGCUUCAGAUUGCACUCAAGUGUGCUGACAUUUGCAACCCUUGCCGGCUCUGGGAUCUGAGCAAACAGUGGAGUGAACGGGUCUGUGAAGAGUUUUACCGGCAAGGUGAUCUAGAACAAAAAUUUGAACUGGAAAUAAGCCCCCUUUGUAAUCAGCAGAAGGAUACAAUACCAAGCAUACAGAUUGGGUUCAUGACAUACAUCGUUGAGCCACUCUUUGAGAGGUGGGCCCAGUUUACAGGCGAUACUCCCCUAUCGGAAAAUAUGCUAAACCAUCUCAGGAGGAACAAGGCCAAGUGGAGAAGCUUGCUCCACAAGCAACACAGCAGUAGUAGGAGCAAUGACCACUCAGGUCAAGUGACUGGCAGCCAGGAACAGACUUUAAAUGAAGAAGAGACUCCCUAGUGGCAGCUUUGCACUUUUCCUUAUAGCACUGCUAUCUCCGUCUUGGUCACAGCAGCAAGUAAGAUCCCGAGUAGCCAGGAGCCUGUUGUCGAGACCGUGCAAAGGGAAGAAAUGGCAAAGCAGAAGCUGUAAGGGUCCUCACCAACAGGCCCAAGGUUCUGCUGGGUUUCUUUCUGAUCCUCACGUUCCAUUCCUCUCCCCUCUCUUCGUCCUGCGCAUGCGUGAUGUCAUCCGUCACUCCUGACCACGAACUGUCCGAUUGCGGACUCCCAGUCAGCAGCAGUUACGGCUGCCGUGAAGUAGGGAGGAUUCCUGAGAGAGCAGGGGAGACAGAGAGGCACUCUUGGUUAUAUAUUCAUUUACCACAAGUCAUACUGUGACAUAUGUAUUUAGGCCCAGAGCACCACACAUGUUCCAGGCUGGCAGCUGGGCUGCACAUUAAACCACCAGCAUCUUCAGCAUCCAGAGGACGCAGGCUGACAGACGGUGCUCACAGAGGGCAGAGAGAGUCUGGUUGUUUUAGUAAUUAAAACAAAAACCUUUUUAACUUUUGUAUUCUGUGCACUAAACAACAGAUCUAAAAACCUUGGACUGAAGUUACUCUCUGUAUACAUGCCUCCAGUGUAACAAGGCUCGUUUUGGUAAUCAUUUUUAUGCCACUUUGGAUAAAAGACAGGCAUCUUCUCAUUGCAAGGAACAGUAUUCCCUCGCAACUGAAAGGGAAGGUGUAGUACAGUCUAAACCUUUGAAACAUGAACAGAUCUAUCUUUUGAGUACUGUUUCAAGUAACCUGUUUAUAUUCAUAUGUGUAUAUUUUCUGUAAAUACAAAGCGCUACUGAUUCCCAUGCCAAAAUACUGGAGUACUGUGGGAUUGCUACCUGUAAAAACAUUGGCACUGUGAACAGAAUACUGUUAGUUUUAAUACAAGAGAAAGCAUUUGUAAAUAUGGUAUAGAGUUUAUUAAUAUACACCAUUGUUUGUGGAUAAAAGCCUUAACUUUUAGCAUCCUUCAUAGCUGCCAAAAUCAUAUGAUUACAAGAUACGAUUCUGAACUGCCUUUCCACUAUCCAAGGUGUAUCAAAGGUCAUUAAGGAAUGAAGUCCAGCAGGAUAACUUCUUGAAAACUUCAAACACAUUCCAUAUGGGUCCAUGUUGUUAAUCCAUGGCACCUUGCACAUUUGGUCUAGGCAAAUGUUUCACAGAGCCUGAAGUUCAAAAAAACCUGAGCCCCACAGCAACACCACAUGAUUUGACAGUUCAACCUGAUUACCAUUUAUUCAAGAGUGUGAAUUUUUACUAAAUAGCUUAGUGGUCUACAAAGCACGACAUUCAGUAAUUCUGGAGUCCAGUUGUUUUCUCAAGAGAUGUUGCAGUGUAGCUGAUUUUUCCCCCCCCAUUCCCUCCUUAGCUAGCCAGCGUCAAAAUGCAUUUGUAUUUUUCUUGUAAUUUAAAUAAUACUUCAACUGACUUUUAGGUUGGUCUAAGUCAAUGAAGGAAAAAAAUCUGUUGCAGUCAGACUAUUAAGAAAAAUCUCUUAACUGUCAUAGUUGCUGAGGAAUUUUCUAUAAUCUUGUGUUUGUGAAAGAUACAUGGCCUUAAUUAUGCCCUAAACAACCUCAGUUGAAAAGUCUUUAUAAAACUUAAGCUUCCACCAUUUCAAUGAGAUUGUAUUCUCAAGUGGUAGUCCCCUUCUCCUCUGCCCCCAGUAAAAAUAACUGCAUUCAGGUGAAGUAUAGUGUUCUAAACGCUCAAUACAUCAAAUCUGUAUAGCUGUUUUCCAAAAAAACUAGCAGAUAUGGCCAUAUAAUCAUGUUUGGAUGUGAAUACCUUGAAGAGGCCAACAAAGAAAGAGCUAUUUAAGUCAGUGUUUGAGAAAGAUAUUUACUCAAAAAAGUGCAAGGGGAGAUAUAAUAGAUUUUUCUCAAUGACAGGGGAUAUUGACUUGAUAAGAGAAAGUUCAUGCUCAGAAGGUGACUAAUAUGUUAAAGGAAAAUAAAAAGCGUAAGUUUUAGUAAAGUAUGUUUUACUCUACUAAUUCUUUGUGUGUAUCUUCAGAGAAAGAAGCUGAAACCCAGUGAAGUAGGAGGGUGGAAAACACUGUGAGAACACAAAGCACUCCAAGAAUGGUGUUUUUCUUCCCCCUCUACUGUUACAUAAGGUAUAACCAUAUGUAGGUAAAACCAUAAGGUAGAAAAUCUCUUUCUUCCUCCCACUUCUAAAUGAGACUCACAUAUUAGAAGGACCACAGCAAGCAAAGAGAGAGAGAGAGGGAGUUGUAAUAUAAUUAAAUUGUUUCUAACUACAGGACACAAUUUCUUCUUAACCACCUGAUGGUAGGGGCAGAAGCAUCACCAUUUUGCAGCUCUUUAGGUGUAUCUUUCCUUCUGACAGAUUUAGGACAAUUAUUAGAACAUUACACAAGCAGUGUAAUGUGCUGCUUAGAAGCACUUAAGUACAUACAAAAGGAUAUAAUUUCCCUUGUUUUGUCUUUUUACUAAGAAACGAAAGCCCUUUUCCUUCUAGUUCAAAGAAAUUUUUUAUAAUGUUCUGAAAUUUAGUUAAACAAACACCGUGUCUAGCAGCAUAAAAAGCUCUUGACAGAGACAUUGUUGAGCUGUUUCCAAAGAGCUUCCAGAAAAUAGGUCCAGCAGGUAGAAAUGAAAUUUUGUUACAGCUACAUUAAACUCAAGCCCUUUUCUACAAGUGGAGCCUGCAGAGUCCAUUACAAGUUUGCUCUUACCAAGCUAAAACUUUUUAACUUUAAAAAGCUGCUCUGAAAAUUCUGGGGGAUUUUGGCGCACUGAUUUGCUAGAUUU